GAUUUUUGGGUGCCAAUGAUUACCCUGUUUUGCUUUAUCAUCCCUACUACAAAAGCAAGACAUAGCGUGCGGCCUCUCUCUUUCAGUAGCAAACCCAAGGUUUUGCAACUGUUUUUUCAGUUUCUAUCUCUCUUUUUAGGUCUUUUUGCUUUCUGGUUAUUUUCAGUGUCUCUAUGGCAGAAGAGAGUGGUGCCCCUGUGAGUUGUACGGAUUUGCCCGUUAAGAGGCUGAGAGAAGAUGAAGAAAACGGGGUUUCUGCUGCUGCUGCUGCCAUGGAAACGGAAGGUGAUAACAAUAACACUUCCAAUAACGUUAAGAAAGAUGAUGGAAUAUCCUCUGUUAUUCCUGGAUGGUUCUCUGAGAUUAGCCCAAUGUGGCCUGGAGAGGCACAUUCGUUAAAGGUAGAAAAGAUUUUAUUUCAAGGGAAAUCUGAUUACCAGAAUGUUUUGGUCUUUCAGUCAUCAACAUAUGGGAAGGUUCUUGUUUUGGAUGGCGUGAUUCAGCUCACAGAGAGAGAUGAAUGUGCAUAUCAAGAAAUGAUCACUCACCUUCCUCUUUGCUCUAUUCCAAAUCCAAAGAAGGUUUUGGUUAUUGGUGGUGGAGAUGGUGGAGUUCUCCGGGAAGUUUCUCGUCAUUCUUCUAUUGAGCAGAUUGACAUCUGUGAAAUUGAUAAGAUGGUAGUUGAUGUUUCUAAACAAUUUUUCCCUGACAUUGCUGUUGGUUAUGAGGAUCCCCGUGUGACCCUUCAUAUUGGAGAUGGAGUUGCAUUUUUGAAGGCUGUUCCAGAAGGUACUUAUGAUGCAAUUAUAGUGGAUUCUUCUGACCCAAUAGGUCCUGCACAAGAGCUCUUUGAGAAGCCCUUUUUUGAGUCAGUGGCAAGGGCUCUUUGUCCAGGUGGAGUGGUCUGUACCCAGGCAGAAAGUAUCUGGCUACAUAUGCACAUAAUUGAGGAUGUUGUAGCAAACUGCCGCCAAAUCUUCAAAGGCUCUGUUAACUAUGCAUGGACUACAGUUCCUACAUACCCAAGUGGUAUGAUUGGUUUCAUGCUUUGCUCAACUGAGGGACCACCUGUUGACUUCAAGCAUCCUGUGAAUCCUAUAGACACUGAUGAUGGCUGCUGCAAAUCAAAACGACCCCUAAGGUUUUACAACUCUGAGAUUCAUUCAGCUGCUUUCUGUUUACCAUCCUUUGCAAAGAAGGUGAUUGAUUCAAAACCUCAAGUAUGAAAAUUUUGAAGAUCUUUUGCAGUGUUCUUGUUGUUUUGGAACAUUAAUUUUCAUCCUUGCUAGAUGAUCUGGUGUGGUGAUGAACCUGGGAUUUGGAAGUUUAAUUAAUGCUCUUUUUGUGUAUCUUGGGAAGAGAAAUUUUCUCUGAUUUAUACGG